GAGCCACAGAAACUGAACAGUGAGAUACUCAGAGGAGACGGUUGGACGUCCUUCGCAGACCGUGCAGCUAAACAGGAAUUCACAGCUAUGAGAUGCAGGGAGGGCUGCCCCUGUAGAAGGCUUUAGAAGAGGACUAGUAGCUAUUCAUGGAGGAACACACGGUGACCCAGACGGAGCACAUGGCGACGAUCGAGGCCCACGCCGUGGCCCAGCAGGUGCAGCAGGUCCAUGUGGCCACGUACACAGAGCACAGCAUGCUCAGCGCAGAUGAAGACUCUCCAUCUUCUCCCGAGGACACCUCCUAUGACGACUCGGACAUUCUCAACUCCACAGCAACCGAUGAGGUGACCGCUCACCUGGCGGCCGCAGGCCCAGUGGGAAUGGCCGCUGCUGCCGCUGUCGCCACGGGUAAAAAACGGAAACGUCCUCACGUAUUCGAGUCCAACCCCUCGAUCCGCAAGAGGCAGCAGACCCGCUUGUUACGGAAACUUCGCGCCACACUGGAUGAAUACACCACCCGGGUAGGGCAGCAGGCCAUCGUUCUGUGCAUCUCGCCCUCCAAACCUAACCCAGUUUUUAAAGUGUUUGGCGCAGCCCCACUAGAGAACGUGGUGCGCAAGUACAAGAGCAUGAUCCUGGAAGACCUGGAGUCCGCGUUGCUGGAGCAUGCACCGGCGCCCCAGGAGGUUAACUCGGAGCUGCCACCUCUCACCAUCGAUGGGAUUCCGGUCUCUGUGGAUAAGAUGACCCAGGCACAGUUGCGGGCCUUCAUCCCAGAAAUGCUGAAAUAUUCCACGGGUCGGGGCAAGCCAGGUUGGGGCAAAGAGAGCUGCAAACCCGUCUGGUGGCCCGAAGACAUUCCAUGGGCCAACGUUCGCAGCGAUGUUCGGACGGAUGAGCAGAAGCAGAGGGUGUGUGUUGAAUGCCCUCUUGCUUCUGCAGAGGGCCCUUCCUUGCAGGUCUCCUGGACUCAAGCCCUCCGCACUAUUGUGAAGAACUGCUACAAGCAGCAUGGGCGCGAGGACCUGCUGUAUGCCUUUGAGGAUCAGCAAACACAGCCUGCCACGGCGACACACAGUAUAGCGCAUCUGGUACCGUCCCAAACCGUGGUCCAGACCUUCAGCAAUCCGGAUGGCACUGUCUCCCUCAUUCAGGUUGGCACAGGCGCUACGGUGGCCACCUUGGCCGAUGCCUCCGAAUUGCCCACCACCGUGACGGUCGCCCAAGUCAACUACUCUGCGGUCACUGACGGAGAGGUGGAGCAGAACUGGGCAACACUGCAAGGAGGGGAGAUGACCAUUCAGACAACACAGGCCUCUGAAGCCACUCAGGCAGUGGCGUCGCUGGCAGAAGCCGCCGUGGCAGCGUCGCAAGAGAUGCAGCAGGGUGCGACGGUCACCAUGGCGCUCAACAGUGAAGCCGCCGCCCACGCUGUCGCCACGCUCGCAGAAGCCACCCUUCAAAGCGGGGGACAGAUCGUUUUGUCGGGUGAAACCGCAGCAGCCGUCGGCGCGCUCACCGGGGUUCAAGACGCAAACGGGCUUGUCCAGAUCCCCGUCAGCAUGUACCAGACCGUGGUGACCAGCCUGGCCCAGGGGAACGGCCCCGUGCAGGUGGCCAUGGCCCCCGUGGCCGCGAGGAUAACGGACAGCACCGUCACCAUGGACGGCCAGGCGGUGGAAGUGGUGACGCUGGAGCAGUGAUGGGAGAGCCGUCGGGGAAGACCGGGACGUGGCGGCUUUCCUCCUCUUUUGUACGGAGUUUUCUGUUUCUAGGGCUCUCUGGAGAUGCCGUCCGGUGGCCUUUGAGUCUCGCGGCUUUGGAAUCGAAAGGAUUUGUUGCAAAAUGAAAAAGAGAGAGAGAAAGUUGUGGGAAGGGGGUGUUGGAUGCGUGCCAGCACCCCUCCAGAAUGCCAGGGGUGAAGAAGCCCCCAGUCCAGAGCCUACAAAGCCGAACUUUCCUCUCCCAUCUUGCAUGGACCCUUCUCAGUUAAAGUCGGGGUGAGAUGUGAAAAGAUUCCCGGCCCCCCGCUCUUCUUUGGGGUGGGGUGUGUGAAGUCUGUGGAGGUGGUGGUGGGCUCCCCGAAGACUUUUGUGGAU